AUGCUGCAAGAUAAACCCAGACUUGGUACAUUGAUAGAAAACAAACAUGUAGAGAAUGAAACUACAAAAGAUGAAUAUGUAAAAAUUAUAUGCAUGAAAACCAAGCAUGUAGAAGGUAAAGCUUUCGAACCUUUAGAAGAUAAGUCUAAAGAAGAUGAACAUAUAGAAGUUGAACUUGUGAAAGAUAAAUCUGUGGAAGGUGGUGAUGUAGAAGUUGAGCUUGUUGAUAUAGAAGGUAAAGUUAGUGAAGCUGUAGAAGGCUUUAUAACUCUUGAAAGCAAUAGUGAAAUUAAUACACCUGUUUUUGGGUUAGAGUUGGAAGGUCUUGACCUUAAUAUAAAUCAACCUAUAGAAUUAUUUUCUCGAUACUCUAAUGUCAUUUUACAUGACAAUACUUCAAGAACUAAUAAAUACAAUUUUCCUUUAUCUUUAUUCAUUCUUAUUGAUAAUAAUGAUAAAUCACAGUUGGCAGCACAGGCAUUUUUAAGUGAUGAAACUCAGAAAAGAUAUGAAUGGGUCCUACAACAAACCUUGAAUGCAACUGGUUUUGAGCCACGGGUUAUAAUGACUGACAUGAAUUCUGCAAUGGAUGCGGCAUGUCAAGUAAAAUAUAUGAAUUCUUAUCAUGUUCACUGUAUCUGGCAUCUGUCUCAAAAUUUGCCUAAACAGCUUAAGGUAAAACUUGGAAGCGAAAAUUUUAAAGAAUUUAUUUGUGAUUUUUGGAAAGCACAGAAUUCUUUAAGUAUUGAAGUUUUUAAGUACCGAUUUCAAUCUUUACUAGAAAAGUAUUCAAGUGCCAACAAAUAUUUGAGUCAUCCUAUUUAUUUAACAUGGCAAUUAUGGGCUAAAUCAUUUAUAAGUAGAAUAUUUACAGCAGGCAUGCAAUCUACCUCAUGUGUUGAAUCAAUUAAUGCUAUUAUUCAUAAAGCAGUUGCUUCUAGCUCUAGUAUGUCAGAUGUAGUUGAAGCUUUAAAGCUUCAUAAGAAUUAA